AUGGAGGAAGACGAUUUCACUCUGGAACCGCCGCAUUCUCUCAAAUACAAACUCAAAUCAUCGCUAUGUUUUUCGUGCUGUUUCUCUCACCGCCGCGUGAAGCCGCGGAUCGUUCGGAGUUCAUCUCUCGGAACUCACGAUAAGUCUCGCUCAACCGAAUUCUCGCACUUGAAAGAGAAGUGCAGCAAUUUCAUCUCCCGGCUAUCUCGUCACCGUCGCCGCCAUUCCGCCGAUUUUCACUACGAUCCUCUUAGUUACGCGUUGAAUUUCGAGGACGACGCCAACGGCGAGAAAUCCGUCAACAAUCUCAAGAGUUUCUCCGCGAGAUUACCGGCUUCUCCUCCAUCCACGCCGUCGCCGAAUUCCACAAAUGCAUCAGUCGAAAUCGCGGCUCGUAGUUGA